AUGAAGACGCAGUUGAAGAAGAGAAAUCCAAUCCAUUUCUACCUUAUUCAAUCCAUUUUCAGACAAAACUCCCUCCGAGAACUUCGUACAAAACCAACCCAUCAUUACAACGACACAGACGGAACUAGAAUCACAGAAGAACGUAACCAGCAAGACAAUUUAUACCUGUACAAAAGCAAAGGCCAACACUUGCUCACUAACCUGAGAAUUCUAGACACUAUUGUUAGAAAAUCUUCAAUAAACCCUACUGACACUGUCCUCGAAAUUGGACCAGGAACUGGAAACCUCACUCUUAAACUUCUUAAUGUUGCUUCUAAGGUUGUUGCUGUUGAAAUUGAUAAAAGGAUGGUUGAGGUUCUUAACAAAAGAGUGAAAGAGCAUGGACUUGAAGAGAAACUCAAUGUUAUUCGAGUGGAUGCAUUGAAGGCUGAAUUUCCUAAAUUUGAUCUUGUUGUGGCUAACAUUCCUUAUGGUAUAUCGUCACCUCUUGUGGCUAAAUUGGUGUAUGGGGCAAAUCCAUUUCGAAGUGCGACGCUUCUUCUUCAGAAAGAAUUUGCACGGCGAAUGUUGGCCAAGCCUGGUGAUUCUGAGUUCAAUAGGCUGGCUGUGAAUGUGAAGUUGGUGGCAGAUGUGGAGUUUGUGAUGGAUGUAAGCAAGAGAGAUUUUCAUCCUGCUCCCAAAGUUGAUUCGUCAGUGGUUAUCAUUCGGCCCAAAGAUCAAAUUCCUGAUGUGAAUCUGGAUGAAUGGUGGGCGUUCACGAAAACAUGUUUUGGGAAGAAGAAUAAGACCUUGGGGGCAACAUUUAAGCAGAAGAAGAAGGUGAUAGAGCUAUUCAGAUUAUCAACAAUCAGGAGCUGUAACAGAGAAGUGAACAGGAACCAGUAUGACUGUGCUGAUGAUGGGGACAAUGAGAAGGAGAGCGAUGAAGAAGAGGGUCAUUCAUCUCCUUUUGCAGAUACAGGAUUGGGUUUGUUCAAGGAGAAGAUCAUCGAGGUCCUAAAAGCAGGUGGUUUUGAAGAUAAGAGACCUGCAAAGCUGUGUAAUGAGGAGUUACUUCACUUACUUUCCCUGCUUAAUGGAGCUGGGAUAUACUUCCAUGAGCAAACCAAGCCAAGGAACGUAGACAAUGUAGCAUUUACUGCUGCUUGCUGUUAA